AAAUUCCAUAUAACCAUGAUUCUUCAACCCCACGGUGGUGUAUUACAAGACUUAGUUCUCAGAGAUGCUGGUAUCAAGCAAAGGUUAAUCAACGAGAUUGCUUCUGAGGGCUACAAGAAGUAUAUUUUGACGGACAGACAAUUAUGUGACUUGGAAUUGAUCUUAAAUGGUGGAUUCAGCCCUUUAACUGGCUUUUUGAACGAAGAUGAUUACAACUCGGUUGUCAACCAUAUGAGAUUGGCUUCUGUUAAGAAUGAAGAAGGGAGAGGCUUAUUAUGGCCAAUACCAAUCACCUUAGAUGUGGAUGAAUCUUUCGCUAAAACUGUUAAGGUUGGUGAAAAAUUAGUCUUGACGGAUUUAAGAGAUGACAAUAGUUUAGCGUUGUUAACCAUUGAAUCUAUUUACAAACCAAAUAAGCAACUCGAAGCUGAAAAGGUUUUCAGAGGAGACCCAGAACACCCUGCUGUUAAGUAUUUGUUCAACACCGCUGGUGACAUCUACAUUGGUGGUUCUAUUCAAGGUUUGAGCUUUCCUAAACAUUAUGAUUAUGUUGAAAUCAGAACGAACCCUACCGAGUUGAGAGAGCAAUUUCAGAAAGCUGGUUGGAAUACUGGAAAUCACAAAACUGUGGCAUUCCAAACUAGAAAUCCUAUGCAUAGAGCUCACAGAGAAUUGACCAUUAGAGCUGCUAAGGAUUUGGGUGAAGAUGGUCACAUUUUGAUUCAUCCAGUUGUGGGCUUAACUAAACCUGGAGAUAUUGAUCACCAUACUAGAGUCAAAGUCUACAAGCAAAUCUUGAAAAAGUUCCCAGAAAACUUAGCUAAUUUAUCUUUAUUGCCGUUAGCCAUGAGGAUGGGAGGUGACAAAGAAGCGUUAUGGCACGCUUUGAUUAGACAAAAUUACGGUGUUGACCACUUUAUUGUUGGAAGAGACCAUGCUGGACCUGGUAAAAACUCCCAAGGUGUUGACUUCUAUGGUCCUUAUGAUGCUCAAGAUUUGUUGGACUCUGUAAAAGAUGAAUUACCCAUCACGAUUGUUCCUUUCCGAAUGGUCACAUACUUACCAGAGGAAGAUAGGUAUGCUCCAAUUGACACCAUUGACUUGAAGACUACCAAGACUGCUAAUAUAUCUGGAACUGAAUUGAGGCAAAAAUUGAGAGACGGUAGUGAAAUCCCAGAGUGGUUUUCGUAUCCAGAAGUUGUUCAAAUCUUGAGAUCCACCAAUCCUCCAAGAAAACAACAAGGUUUUGUUAUUAUAUUCAACAACGGUAAAGGAUUGAAACAAUCUGAUUAUAUUUCCUUCGGAUUUCAAUCUGUUCUUAAUGAAUUAAAUUCUAACAGAAGAAUUACCAAAUUGGUCGACAAUAAUGACCCUUUCAUAAUCAAUGAAUUGGUCAAAGCUGGAUCUGGUGUCCUUGUUUUAUCUUCUAACAUCGAUGAAAUCACUACUACAGUUGGUGCCUCUAACUCUGUUGUUGUUAACGUGGAUGAGAAGGAAGACAAGGAGAAUCAUUUCAACUUGAAUUCCAACGAAAGAGACUUUUCCGAAUUCAUCGCUACUGUCAUUGACUACUUGAGAAAACAAGACUUCUUGUAAAUUAAAAGUUUUCCUGAUUUUUAGACUAUUUAUUAAUUCAUUAUUCAUAUUCAAUUUCAAUGAAAAGCUUCAAGUUUUUGCCUCUCUAGGUUCAAACUCGAUUUUCAUUGUUUGCUAACAUCUCCUUUACUCACUUGAAAGGUUCGAGUUUCGUGAUAUCUCAUUAGCAGUUUCCCGCUGUCAUUUUGUUCACUUCUUUGAAGGCUAAUGUAUAAUAGAAAGCUUUGACACCUGAGUAUGCUUAGAUUCAGACUACAAGAUCCCUCAAGCAAUCACGAUGUUUUGGGUUUGCAUGAAUCAUUUUUACUGUCCAUUGGCACCAUUUCUUCAUUUUAUCCAAUAAUCGAGUACCAGUUAUUCUGGACCCAAUAAUCAUUAUUUCCUCCUUCAUUAAUACAUUCACUCUCCUUGAGCCAGUUUAAAACUUCUUUGACAUCGCUCGAAGUCAAAACCGAUUCAAAUUUGUUCGAUAUAUCGAAAGAAAGGACUCCCGGCCUGAAAACCAUGUACCAAAGAACUGAAGCAACUAUCUUUAUCCAGAGAUCCGUGUUUAUUUUGCCAUCCAAAUCCAACCACACGUGCGAACAAGCUCGCCCUGUCGGAACAGGAACUUGUUUCGUCGCUUGCAGCUGUAGUUUAUUUUCGCAUUUGACUAUAAUGUCACAACCGAGCUUGGUUUUGUCGACCAAUCUUGACUCAUAGCCAACGAACCUGUGGGGUUUGUUGAUAUGAACCAAUGAACUCUCAUAAAAAGAUACGGAUCUUAGCAAACUUAUCAUAUGGCCACCUUUGAUCCCUUGGGAUAAAAUGAUACCUUUACUAUCUUGUGCAGCUGUCUCUAUGUUAUCGGAGAACCUAGAAGCAGCUCGCAACAUUUGAGGAACAGAUUUAAGAGGUACCAAAGAAUUUUCGAACUUGUCUGUCAAGACGAAUGACUUAUCUGUGUCCUCGAUACCACUGUAUACAAUUUCUUUGUCCCUGAUCAUCGAUGUCAAUACAUAUUGAACUUUAUCAUCACCGUAAGGUUCAAGGAUAUUCAAAACUGCCCUGGAUUUGAAGCUUGACUCGUCAGUCAUACAUAAAGCUCUCAAAAUUGUUUUAAUUUGAUCGGUUACUUUAUCUU